AUGAUGGAAGAGGAGGGAGGGGUGUUGGGGAAUGGCAGAGAGGCCUCGGGAGUGAGGGGAGACCUCCCAAAGAAGGUGGCAGAGUACGAGAGGUUUCUCAACAACAGACUCAAGACAGACCUGCAGACUCUGCUGGACAGUCGGGACUUGGUGUACGCUGACAUUGCAGAGUACCUCCAGCUGCAGCGGGUCCUGGAGAGACUGGAUGCAGGGACAGAGAGAAAGGGAGUCCUCAAGACUAUGGUGGACCUCGGCUGCAACUUCUAUUCCCAGGCUCUGGUGCCAGACCCACAGCACAUGUGUGUGGCGGUUGGGUUUGGGGUGUUUGUCGAACUCACUCGCUCUGAGGCUCUGCAGUUCAUCGAGAAGAAGGUGGCAGGGCUCAACAAGAAAGCUGAGGAGCUGACAGCACAGGCCUGCCAGGUGAAGGCCAGGAUUAGGAUCGUUGUUGAGGGGCUAAGAGAACUACAGUUUGCUGACCUACCCACCUCCCCUCCCCAUAGACCUGUCUGGUGA